CCACUCCUGGCUUCACUGACUGCUGCCCCUGUAAUAAACCCCCCAGAAACUGAAUACCUCAAUAAAUAAAAAGGGAUCUCAUAAGAGGUGAGAUGAACCUUGAAGAGUACUUUGCAAGAACUGGCUAUAAAGGCUCCACUGAAAAACAAGAUUUGGAAACCUUAACUGAUAUAUUCCAGCAUCACAUCCGUGCUGUUCCCUUCGAAAACCUCAGUAUUCACUGUGGGGAGAAAAUUACGUUGGAGUUGGAGCACGUUUACAACAAGAUUGUGAGGAGAAAGAGGGGUGGCUGGUGCAUGGAAAACAACCAGCUUCUGGGCUGGGUGCUGAAGGGCCUGGGCUAUGACACCAGCUUCCUGGGAGCCUACGUGUUCAACCCCCAGCAGAACGCCUACGCCACCCUCAUGACCCACCUGGUGGUAAAGGUGGUCAUCGAUGGCAAAGCCUACAUCGUUGAUGGAGGCUUUGGGGUGUCCUACCAGAUGUGGCAGCCCAUGGAGCUCGUGUCAGGGAAAGAUCAGCCCCAGGCUCCCGGCGUGUUCCGCUUCACGGAGAAAAACAGCGUCUGGUACCUGGAGAAAAUGAGACGGAAACAAUACAUCCCCAACCAGAGCUUCUCCAACUCUGACCUGCUGGAGAAGAAGGAGUGUCGCAAGGUUUAUAUGUUCAGCCUGGAGCCACGGACAGUGGAAGAUUUCCGUUUCCAGUGCACGUACCUCCAGACCUCUCCAGAUUCCCUCUUCACAAAGAAGUCCAUCUGCACCCUGCAGACCACCGAGGGGUUCCGGGCGCUGAUUGGGUGGACGCUCACUGAGACCACGUACAACUACAAGGAAAACAUGGAUCUGGUGGAGUUUGUAACUCUUGAAGAUGAAGAGGUGGAAAAAACCCUCAAAGAGAAAUUUAACAUCACCCUAGAGAGAAAACUUGUCCCCAUUAAUGUUAAAGGAUCUUACACAAUCUAGAUGGCCAGGAAAACCUACAGUAAGGCUAUGUGGGUACAGCAGCUUCCACUGUCUGUGCAAUCCCUACUGCAAGGUUAUGGGAUUCUUUUGCAGGUGACUGAAGGAUAUAUACAUUAGUAUGAGAUUAAUGUGAAUUUCACUCUGGGAAAAAUCAGGGAUUUAAGACUCUUGAGUCAGUUAGGUAAAAUUAUUUGCUGGGAGAUGACUGCCGUUCAAUUUUUGGCACAAAUGUAGGAUUUGAUUUGAAUCUGGUUAUAAGCUUGGGUAAGAAAUAUGUCUGGGGAAUUUUGGACUGCCUGUAGCACAUGAGUAUGGAUUAUUAAUUGUGAUAUGCUGCCAACACAUUUUCUAAGGUUAUUAUAGGGAGACAAGUAAUCUGUGAGCAUUUAGACAAGAAAGCACACAUUUAAAACUUCAUUUUUCACAAGAUCAAACCACUCACAGCUCAUCUCAUUCCUCUACCUUUAAUAUGAGUAAAACAUUGUCAUCUUGGAAAAGAGCAUUAGGAGGCAUAAUUCUUUCACCAUCAUCCUUAGACAAACCACAGUACAAAAUGAAAAUCGUCAUCAUGUGCAUCCCUCUGGCCAUUACUGCAGUAAACUGCCCCAAGUAAUUUUUGGUAUGUACUAUUCUUCUGGUGAUGAAAAUUCUUUAUAUUGCAGUGUAUUGUGGCUGAUGGGCUCUAAGGAGAUAACUACUAAGCUUUGUUUCUGAGAUAUAAUCAUCCUGUAAACUGCGAUUAGUACUUAAAUGUCACAGCUGGCUUAGAUUUACUUUUGUCCCACAAGGGGUGGAAAUUCUGUAUUUUUGGGACUGCAUUAUAUUUGUGUAUGAAGCUAAGCCAACUAUACCCUUAAUUUUGUCCUGCAAACAUGAGUGUCUAUAUGCCUGUCCUGAAUGGGUACCACUUAGCACAGGAGCUUUAAUGCCAUUAGUGUUUGUUCAUCUGUAUCAAAGUGAAAAAACCCAAGAAGCCAGCCUAAAGGAAACCUUUUAUUUUUUCACAAUCAUGUUUCCCCAUUUUCCAGAAAAUGUUGUGCCUCCUACCAUGCUUCUCUGCAAAAAGCCCAACCAAGGAAACCACUAAGAAAGGGGAAACAUUCUUAAAUGCAUCAAAAAAUAGCAAAACCACCAAAAAACACUCUUUCUCCCCAGUCUGUAAUAAGCCUGAAUAUCAGUCAAAUGUUGAUUCCUCCCACUGAACAGUCUUUCUGCUCAAAGACAUAAUCUGAUCAUUAAUCUCACAAAUGCUGUAAGUGUAUACCUGAAAAUAAAUAAAAGGAAAAUAAAGACAUUAUGAGUUGUUUUAGGUACAGCUGGCCCCAGCUGCACUGACUCCUGCACACCCCAUCUGCCAAGUGAGGGCUCUUCACUCAUGCUGCUGAUCUGCUGGCCACCCCUUCCCACCUCAGACUUCUUAGGAUCACAGGAUCACUGAGGCUGGAAAAGCCCUUUAAGAUCAUAGAGUUCAACAAUCAACCCAACAUCACAACCAUGUUCACCAUUAAACUCUGCCCUUCAGGUGCCACUUCCAGGGAUGGUGACUCCACCACUGCCCUUGACAUUCUUCCAGUCCUUUCCAACCCUGUGAAAAGAUUUUCUUAGUAUCUAAUCAAAACUUUCCCUGGUAUAAUUGGAUGCCAUUUCCUGACAUCCAGUCCCUUGUUACCUGUUCCUGGGAACCUGUUACCUGACACUUCUUGAACUAAACAGGCCAAUAUUGAACAAAUGCAGCAGUGGUAUUGGAGAUGGUGAGUUCCUGCAGGUGCCUAGAUGAAAAGGUUGUAGGAUGAGGAAGAUGAUCACUGAAGAGGAGGCCCAGGAGUCAUCUCUGCUGGGCUUGGUGUGUGCCAGCUCCCGUGGUGGCAGCUCAUGGCCUGGGUGCACACAUGGUUGCAUAGGGAUAAGGAACUGAGAGCCAGGAAGGGGUGACAGGGGACAGUGAAAGAUCUUACUGAGGUCAGAACACAGCUUCUCUGUUAAUAAUGGAAUGAUGGAAUUUGUUCAGUAAUUUGUGUUCUGUUAUUCCCUCAUAUUAAUAUCCCAUUAAGGGUUUUUACCCCUUUCUAAAUAAUUGAUCAUGGCAAGGUGCUCCCUGAGAUGUCAGGGAACAUUACAAGCUUCAAAACACUGACCACUUCCAUUCCAUCUGAUGGGAUUCUCAUUUACUCAGCUCACCAAACCACAUUUCUCUGUGCCACCGACCCCAGCUGUUUUCUUGUCUUGUGGACAGCCAUUUACAGGGUGGUAAUUUUGCGUCCCAACUUCCCCAGAGAUUUUCCUGCUGUUUCUCCCAGGUAAUUGCUUGGAUUUUGGUACACAAGGGUUUCUUGGGGAUCAGUGGGCUCCUAUCAACAUUUAACUGAGCCUGCAGUGAUGGGACUCAACCAGCUACCCCGUCCACUGUUUGUUUCUUACCAAAGAUCUACAGAUCUGCUGGUGAUUGAGGCUCCAACCAUCUCCCUGACUCCCAUCUGUUAAUUUUUCAUCUUGACGUGACAAUUAUAAGCAGGUCCUCACUGAGAAACAUGAAAUCACACAAAGAAAUGUCAACACAUGCAGCUAAGGAACAGUUUCACAGUUUAACUAAAGCUUCCCAAAAGCUGAUGAAAGCAGGUUAUUGAGGUGUGAAUGCCAGGCCUGAAAUCUCUCAGAGGUCUGAGAUAAGAAUGGUGUAAAACCAAACAAAACCAAACAAACUCUGAGGCCUCAUGCUGGGGUUCCAUUAGCAAGGCAGUAUUGUGGAAGCUGAUGUUCUCCCAGCCUGAAAAGAAAACAAACCACCAAGUCCUUAAAGCAUCAGCUCUCACAGAAACUUGAAUUCACAUGUGGUUGGGAACUGUGGGAUGGCUGCCAUCCUUCCCUACCAUGAUGCUUCAUUAGCAUUCUCAGAGAAGGGUUUAAUGAGAGCCUAAAUGAUUUUGCAGUUUUAGUUGGGGACUGUUGUUCAAAUGAAGCAAAACAAAUGCUGAGAAACCGCCCCCCUCCACCCCCAGACUCAUCUAAUUCCAAAUACAAUUUAAAAGCAUGGUAUUCCAAUCAAGAGAAAGACAAACAAUUUCUUUUAAAGCUUAAAUGCUGGAUGAAGUCCCAGAAUCCCAGCCCAGCUGCCCAUUACACACACAGGCAAUGGCAAUGACAGUCACCCGUGGCUGGAGCAUUGCAUCAUGGAGAGUCUCAUUAGAGAACAAGGCAGAGCACAAAACAUGGUUCAAACUCCACAGCAACACUGAACUCCUGCCCCUCCCCAAGAACCAAAGUUUAAUCAGCUCAAGCAUUACUGGAUGGCUCACUUCAGUUGGACUCUGUCCUGGACUUUUUAAGAUCCAAUAAUAAGCAAAAGAGAAGCAAAAGAGAAACAUCAGCAAGAAAGACAAAGUUGUUCAAUACUUCCAUAUUUUCAAGCCCAGCAAUUAUUACAAAAUAAGCACCAAGAGCCUGCCAAAAGGAGGGACCAAACUUCACAUGACAAGGGACAGACAUGAGCUGUCAGUGACCACUACUUAAAACCACACUUCACUUCUGGGGUCUGGUAACACUUUACCAGUUUGCAGGUAGCCAUUUUCUGUAACAAAACCACUACUUAACCAACUUGCUUCUGUUUCCAGAGAAGAAACACUUUCAUUUAGAAACAUGACCACGUGGGAAAGUGCUACAGCCUAGGAGGUUGCACAUAAAAUGUACUGGAGCCUGUGUCAGAGCCAAGAAAGCCUUAAUCAAUGCAGGUUUGCUUUAUGAAUAUUUCACUGCUAUGCUUACACCUCUGUCAAGAGUAGUUCAAGCAUAGAUUUUAUACAGCACAUGUUUCUACCUCAGGUAGGAAGCUCAAGUCAGACUUAAAUCCAUCCAUAAAUGUAUUUAUACCAUUGGAAAUGCAGACAAGUAUUUCAGAACAUCCCACCAUGUCUGCUUGUAACUCUGUACUUAAAGUACAUUUAAAAAGUCACACAGGGCUGAGUUGUGGUUUUGUCUUGCUCACAAAAACACACUAUGGAUGGUGCUUUUAAAGGCACAUUUUGCAAAUGCCCCAUGAAUAAAAGAUUGUUCUAAAAUAAGUAGCUGGUUUUACUGUAGCACUGAGCCACCAGCUGAAUGUGAACAGCAAAGCUCCCAGAUUUAAAGACAAUAAACUAAAAUCUACCUUUUCUUCACAGUUUGUUCAACACAGUUCUGUUGAAACAGAACCAACCUUCCUCUGUCCCAAUUCCAAAAUCGUGGAUUUUCUAGGAAGCUGUUUAGCUUCUCAUGUGCUUAUCCAUGCACUGUGGCACCCUCAUGUCCAGCUAUCCCUCAGGGAAUGACGUGAAAUUAAGGAGGCAGGAUGCCCUUAACCAGAAUUACUCCCUACUGGACUGAACAGACCCUGCAAUGCAGGAGAGCUCUCUGCAUAACCCUGAAAAAGGAAGACUCCACAUAGAAUCCAUCUCAGCCACUGCUGUUACCAAAAUAACCCAAAAGCCUUUUUACAUGGCACCACUGGACACUUGCCCAACCCACAGCCCCUCAGGACAUGCAAUUGCAGUGACAUCUCCUGGCUGCUGGUGGCUCACCAGAACACACCUCACCCCUCAAUUAUUCAGCACAGCUAUGCAGAAAUUCACUCUCCAUUCAAGAAAUCCAUUCAGAGGAAUCAUUUUCCUACUAAUAAGCAAGAAGAAUAAUGGGAUGUAUUCCAAGUUUUUCUUGUGAUGACCAACAAUAAAUCAUUUCAUAGCUCAGGUCACAUCUUCCAUGGGAAGAAAAAUGUCUUGCCAUCAUUAACUCCUUUUCAGCUAGCAGUAAUAUAUGAUCAGGUUUUAAGUAAUUGAACCAGUAGCAUUUAAUUAGCUCUCAAAAACUAUCUCAGAUCAUGAAUCACAGCCUUUCCACCUGCACAAAGUCCCCUUACUAGGUUAAAAGUAUAUUUCUCUUUCCAUGUGUGAUCCAUCUUGAAUAUCUAAUUAGGUGCUCCUGAUAUAUGGAUCAUAGUUCAUGUAUCACAAGCAAAAUACAGCAGACACAGUGUGUCCUUCUUUAAAUAAUUGAGUUUCACAUCUUGUUUCACUGAGCUGCUAAAAAAAGACAAAAAAAAAAAAAGCCUUGUGCCCAUGGCAAAAUGGCCACUCCUCACUUCAAUUAACAAAUUCCUUUCUGCAGAGAGCCAGCAUUAAGGAUGAGUGGUUUGGACAUCCUGAGGAAAUGUAGCAAUUGCAAUAUUUCUUGUUGAAAGGCUGUGCACAAAGAAUUGCUAUGAUUUUAGACAAGAACACACUGAUGUUUUUCAAAAAACCCAGAGCACCAACUGACCAAGGAGAACUGUGUUUCUACCCUAAUACUACUUCAGAUGGCUUCAUCACAUGCUAAAUAAAUCAGUGCACUCAGCUAAAUGU